AUUUGGCUGUACUUGCUAUCGAAGACAAGCAGAACUCUGUGUCGGGCUCUGGUCGCUAGCCAUGCAAAUAUUAGUGCAGCAAAACAACAACAGAGCCAGGACUCGAAUAUUCGUAAACAGGACUCGUUCUUGACGACGAGUAGAGCUCGAUCAGGUGGCUCGAUGCGACCAGCACUCCCUCCGAAAGCCUCACAAAAGGUCUACAGAAAUCAGCGUACCGAAGUGCUCGGCUCUCCCAAAAGUCCCAAUGUAGCCUCCGACCGAGCCUCCAGUCAAUUCGAUUCCGGCUCUGUUCAGGAUCGCAUUCGGCAAUGGCAAGUUCAAGGCGCAGCGAAUGCUGUCGAUCCGGACGUUCUCAGCGUUCGAUCGAUUCCCCGAUCCGAAUGUCCUUCCAUCACGUCGAGGCCGAGGUCGGAGUAUGAAGAUGAAGACACCUCGAGGUUAGGAGGACGCAUAAAAGAGAAGACAGAGGAUGAUCAACCCGCAGAGAGGAGCAGCAGUGCCCCACGGAAGCGAAUCAUUAGUGAUGGUCACUGGAGAGCUAAGAGAGAGGCAAAAGAUUCUAAGAGCCCUAGGUCAAACGGUCGAGGACGGGCAGAAACCACGAGAUAUGACUUGUCAUAUACCUCAAACCAAGAGCAGAAGAAUGGGAAACAGCGGUCGUGUCGCAAAUAUAGCUUUGAGAAGAGUCCGGACCUUCAGCAGAAAUCGCCUCCGAAUGAUGGCAGCCGAACCAUCCCAAGCCAACGUGACCAAUUGAACCCUUCGCAUGAGAGCAUUCCUAUGAAUUACGAUUCUGUCAGUUACAUUCAUGCCGAAUCAGCUCAUGAUUUGCCGAUACAGUCGACUUUCUCUGGGCAGUUGGAUGCAAGAUCCGAGGCAUUAGUUGAUGCUGAUGAAGCAAGAGAAAGGCCUCGACCACAGAGCAAAUAUGUGGCCACCUUGGGCAGAGCUGCCGCGGAGUCUUCGGAAGGCUUGCGUUCGAAGAAGGGGGGGUUGCUAGGGAAGACCAGAGACAUAUUUUUGAAGGUCGAUUCGACAACGCCUGUAAGCAAUAGAAUUCCCAGUAUCGAAGCCUGGCUCGACGAACAGCCUGAUCCUUUCGUGGAUGAAGCGCCUACAGACGAACUUCCGCCAGUGGAGAUGCCUGCGCCUUUAAGGAAACGGACCAGAAAGAAAAGAUCAUCGGUAGAGAGGCCUAAAGUGCCAGAUCCAAAUCAUAUCUGGGACUCUGUGCAAUCUCCAGAAGCACCUCCAUCUCCGGAUCCAAACAGCACGGUGGAAGCCGAGGAUAAUGGACCCAGAAACUCUACCCGGAGCGAUCAAAAUUCAACACCCAAGCGCAGUCGUCGUCAUAUUAAAGAACAAGACGAUCUUGAUGGCUCACCCACCUCGUUACGCAGGGCAGGCGCGAGAGUACGACGGCGGAGAGAUACACCUGACAAAAGAUCGAUCUCUAGCCUUGAGUUACCAAAGGCUUCGGAUACUCAGAACGAGCGUUUGCCAGACAAGGAUCAGAUACCACCAGCCACAGAACCUCUUCCACAAAUUCCUUCGUCUGUCGUGCAGCAUGUGCUUCCGCCCAUACCUCCUGGGGAGCCCGAAAACGAUGAUCGACCAAUCCCACCACAACCAGCGGCAUCUUCCAAGCCCGAACCAGGUCUUAAACGCAGACUUACAACGCAUGAAGACUUAAUGUCUGUCCUGUCAAUGCCCAGAGCUCGCAGAAGUCGACGAUCGGCGCGAAGAGCAAGAAGUAAACGAACGGCUGAGGAAUCUGCUUCAGCGCAGCAGGUCCUCGCAGGCUUAAUCUCAGAGGAACAAAAGUACAGUCGAGAGCUGAGGACGCUAGUUGAUGGAGUUAUUCCAGUUCUGCUCCAAAGUGUCCUGUCGAAAACGGACUCGGCUGCUGCAGCAGGUUUGUUCUCAUCGGUGUCCAAUGCUCAACACGACAUGAGCUACACUAAACCCAUCAUUGAUAUGGGCAUUGCCCUUGAAAGGUUGAAGUCUCUGCACGGACGCAUCCCUCUGCAAAGUGUCGACAGCUUUCUGAGUUGGGGACAAACUGCUCAAAAGGCAUAUCGAGAAUAUCUCCAAGCAUGGCGACUUGGGUUUCAAGAUGUUGUGGUUAAUCUCGCUCCUCUCGAUAAUGCUCCAGUCGAUCAAGACUUGACACGUGAUGAGAACGGAGACUUGGUUGACAAUGAUGGCAAAAAAGUUGAUGUCGCGUAUCUCUUGAAGAGGCCGCUGUUGAGAGUAAAAGCAUUAAGUAGGGUUUUCGCCCAGAUACGGGACCAGAGCGACAGACCCCUUGCUGCACAAGUGGCCGACGCUUUUACUGGUUUGACGGCCUUCGCAAGACGACGCCACCAGGAAGAACAAGCACGCCUGGAGGACGAAGCAGCUGCAAACAUCGACUCCAUGAGGGCCAGGGACAUCAGGACAAUGGCACCAACUGCCAACGUUGUCGUGGACAAAACUCGUCGUGUCAAAGCGCGAGAUUUCUUCAACCUCACGUUGUAUCACUCUUCUGGGCAACGAAUGGACAGUGGCAUCGAAUUGAUCUUCCGAGAUAAUGCUCGAGGAGAUGCUCCUAAUGGUGAUGUACUCAUCUGCGAAGUCGACAAUACUGGAAAAUGGCUUCUGUUCCCACCAGUCCUAUGGAGCGCAAUAUCUGCAAGACGUGGCGAAGAUGACUUCGACCUUGUUCUAAUGAUACGCGGCCGCGCUGGCCUGGGGAAGGAUUGGCAAGAGCUGCUAGCUCUGAAGACUGAUGAUAAAGGGGCGGUGACAGAGUGGAUGAGUAUGUUGGGUUCAAACCCCUUGCCACCAAGGCUCAACAGGACACCUAGUUUCAUCAAACGCAGUCAGCCUCAGAAGGACUUGUCAGCGCACCAGGGCUCUAGUGAAAUCUCGUCGGGAACCAGAACAGAAACCCAGUCCAUCAGUCAAGGAUCAGAGCCAUCCAAUGUGGAGGUACCAAUUGGCGAGCCAUCAGUAUCUGGUGCACGAACUGAAGUGAGCCGAUACGAAAACGACACAAAAAUCUCGGCUGAUCGGCCUUCCCAAAGGCUGAACCUUGGUGGAGGUUUGGCAUCAAAACCACAAACAACACAAUACCAGUCGCAAUUUUCCGUUGCAAAUAGGAAACCAGCUCCGUCAAUCCUUUCUUCAGACAGAUCAACAAUUUCAGACCAAUCCAUCAUGACUAUGGAUACCGCAUCACUUCGCGAGCCCCCUACCCCCAAAUCUGGUUCUGUACCUGAACGGAGACAGGUUGCUAGGAUGGCAGAGCCUCUUAUCCCAGAGCGCUCAGCCAGGGAUGCUUUACCCGGCAAUUCGCAGAAAGACGACAUACGUAGGUCUCGUGCUGCGGAAUAUGAUGGUAGUCGCAUCCACGACCCUCCUUCACCUAGUUCAACUCUAUUCUCAAGGGAACCCAAACCGCUGUCUCCUCCCACGGAACAGUCUUCAUCGAAUUCACCAAACCGAGACGCGACUUCAACAACAAUGACGCAAGAAACGCAACCUCAAAGGCCAGUCUACGCUCGGGCUCCUUCUUCGACGCCUUCAAAAGAUCUUCCCUCCGUUCCUAGGCUCAGACCGCAGUCACAAGCAGAUAUGGUCACGGCAAGCUCUCAGCCUGCGGAUUCCGUGAGGAUCGGUCAAUCGUCUCCAGAAAUCAGACCGAAGAAUGGUCCUAUCCAAAAUAAGAGCUCACCCAGAAGCCAGAUAUUCACUGAGGAUGUGCCAGUACCCCCACCAAGGACUCAAAUUCGAGAAGGAAGACCUUCAUCAACAAUUCAAAGCCCUGAGCCCUCUCCUCCACCUACUCCUCCACACCGUACCAUGGACAAGUCACAGCCUCAACUGAAGCAAAAUCAUCUGCCCGAGCUGAAAGCGACACCUGCCUCUUCGGAAAAAGGACCAAGGAGGAGGACAUCAUCUCCACUGAAGCAUGAGUAUGCGCCGUCUAGCAGCUCAGACAGUUCGUCCAAUUACGAUACGGAAAGCGUGAGUGACUCGUCUGAUACCUCAGAAGACUUCAGUACCGAGCAACAAGACAAAGCAACUCCUCUGAUUGCGAUCAACGCUACUGAACGAAGGCCAUCAAAACAGACAUAUCCUCCGACAUCAAUGCCACUAGCGAUUCGCUCAUACCCUCCGUCAUCCAUCCAAUUGACGGGAACAAGAACAUUAGCACCAUCAGAUUCAGCUUCUCAAGGACCAUAUCGAAGAGUUCCCUCCUCCAACGUUGUACCCGCUGACCAGAAGAAAAGAGCAGCCGCAUUGAUAUGCGCAUGGUCAGAUACAGGUGCAUGGGAAUUGAUCCACCCAGAUGAAUGCUCAAUAGUCAUAACACCAGGCCUCAUCGAAGCAUUUGAAAUGUCUGCGGAGCACUCUAACCCCGGCGUAUCAAGCCCAGAUAAGUCAGGUCUGCGAGCAUCGUCUCCCGCACAACGACCUCUCGUCGCGUUUGAACUUACACCUCUCGUGAUGCUCCGCAAAGGCGCCGCACUUGACAUCCAGAUCCGCUCUCCCCCAACUCCGAAUUCACGUAUACGCACAAGCAGCAACAUCAUGUUUCGUUCUAGCAACCUUCAAGCGUGCGACGCACUGUACGGUAUGAUCAACUGGGCGCGCUGCAACAACCCUACAUACAUCGAACUUGAACGUGCACGACCCCGCCAGCCGACUGUGACCUUUAACGUCAAUCCAUCAGAUCAGCCUCGAUCGCGUGCAUCAUCAUGGUUCAGCUUCGGCAGCGCCAAGAAGUCAAGCUAUCGCGCCUCAUCAGCACCUACCCCCGCGAGCGUCGACAUGUCUGUAGAAAGCUCGGGCACAAUGGCCAGCGCAUUCUCAGCACUAAGGCGCUUCAGUGCAAAGCCUGCAUUCAACAUCAAUCGGUCGUCCGUUGUGCGAAGGAAUACAAGCACUACGGGCCCAUCAUUGUAUUCGUCCAGCAGUGGCACUCGCACAGGCACAGGUUCCGGUUCGAGCACCCCGGCUCCCAGUCAAGUUGGCUUUAUACCUGGAAAAGAUGGACCGAACGUCCCAGCAACGAGUGCCGACGCUGCAAAUGGCGGCGGCAUGGUGAACAACAUGAAGAUACGCAUAUAUAUGCGCAAAGGCCAACACUGGGAGAAUCUAGGUGGCGCGAGGUUAAGUGUAUUGCCGGCUCCAGCAUCUGUUCCUGCCGCUGGGCAAGAAGGCAGCAGAAGUACGAGUGUAGCGCCCUCGCCCCCGGCAACGCCCGCUCAUGCACACUCACGGUCGCCGUCCAUUGUCGAACCAGGAUCGGCACAGCGAGGGCCGAGGCUUCCAAGUUCCAGCCACACCCCCCAUCGUGUUCAUGGCAAUGGACGCGAGAAACGCAUUCUCAUCGUACGCAAUAAAGCACCGGACGUGGUCCUUCUCGAUGCUGUUCUUGGAGAAUCUUGCUUCGAACGGAUAAUGCAAACAGGCAUUGCGGUCAAGGUGUGGAAAGAGGACGAAGUCAUUGGGCAUACAGGCGGUGUCAUGAUGGGACGAGAGACAGUUUAUAUGUUGCAGUUCGCGAGUAACAAGGAGGCUGGGUGGGUGUUUGGGCUGUGUGGAACGUACAGAUAUGGAUUUAUGGGUGAAUAAUGAUGCUGGGACGAGGAUAUGAAAAUGAUUUACGGCACGAAAAAGUCAUGCUGAAUGUAUAUACAAACGGCGUCGGGAUGUGAUACUCGGGACGAUGUUUUUGUCCUCAUCUUUCUAACUUUUCGCCGUUGUGUCUUGCGUUGAUCGAUCUUUUUAGAUUUGAUGAAAC